UAAUCGAUACAGUUGCAACGCGUUACGACGUAAACUGUAAAAGGUCCUGUUGUGUGUUGUGUUGUGUGGAUGGUGACUGGGGUUCCGUAAAAGUGUAGCAAUAAACCGAGAGUGAACUCGGAUUGCUAUAUCAGCGCGUUCAUAAAUCCGGUGCUCCUUGCGUUUGCUUUUUAUCAAGAUCGCUGCGUUCGGCAAGCGUUGUUUAUUGUCCUGCGAGUGCUUACUUCUUGCUACGCGGCGGUGAAAUAUGAAUCAGAUUGCCGGCGUCGACAAACACUUUCACAUUGUUCUCGCGUAAAUUACACUUCCAUUUGGAACGCAAUUGAAGUGGAAUUGGAAUCGAAGGAUAUCAUUACUGGAAUGCGAUACAAUUUAAUUCUUAGAUUAAAUGAAUUAAUGUAGCAUUAUUCAAAUGGCGAUUGCACAUUGAUUGAACAUUGUUCGCCAAACGAGAUGGUGACGGCGUUAGCCCCCAACGAAGCCAAUAGUAAUAUGAGUGGAGACGGCGGCGACUGGUGGAGCGGUACACUGGAGGAGGACGCCGUCGGUGGGUUGCGGCUGGACGAGGCGGGUUUGUGGUCGGGCAGUUUUGUGCCGCCACCGCCACGGCCCCUCUUCCUCGACGAAUCGGCGACGCCCGACGGCCUUACAACCUGCGACCUCUGCGCAUGGGCUUGGCAGGAGGGCAAGACGUUCACCCUGGAUGCAGCACUAGAAGCACCAGGUGAAUUGGGUUGGGUCCUGACACUGAUCAUCGUCUCGUUAAUUUCGGCGCUCAUCGGCGCCAUAGUGAUGAUCAUCGCGUUGCACUGCAAGAGCAGAAUGAAGAAUGCUGGAUUGAAUGCGAACGAAUCAAGAAUAACUCCAAGCCAUAGAUCCCGGACGAUAUCACCACGUGCAGCGACGCGUCCGCCGAUAAGCACCCCUGAUGAUAAGUCUAUAUCAGCCAUAACUCCCGCCUCCUUCCCGGUGCUACAACAAAUCGCUACUAAUAAUGGCGUGUGGUCGUGGCUUUCGCGCCGCCCAGUUAAUGUGCAGUCACAGCUGAAUUCGCCGACAGCGCCUGCAGAGAAUCAUUACACGCAUAUGGAUGAGACUUACAAUGCAGUUGGGGAGGCGUUAUAUGCUGAAUUAGAUCGUGAUUCCAACGGGGGUGGAGAUAGCCCUGCCUACCAGAACUCCGCCUACACGGAUCCUGAUGCGCCAGUGUCAAGUGCGCCGAGUAGCGCUUAUUAUUCUGACUUAUCUGUGACCACGAUGCCCGAAAGGGCGUAUGAAGUGGUGGGACUGGCGACAUUAACGCCCUGGGAGGUGACGUGUGAUGUGACUCGGAGGCAGCCGCCGCCGAUGCGGCUCGCCUCCAUCAGUGAGGCGGUCAGUGUUCCUUCGGACUAUGUUUAGUUUUAAGUGUUUAAAUACGUAAUGAACAAUGUACAUUCCAUUUGUAAAUAGUUAAUGUGAAAAUGUCAUACUUGAAACAAACGGUCGGGCAAUUUGUGAUGAUUUGCUUGCCAGUUAGUUGUAUUAGCGGCAUGAAAUGUCAAUUUAAUUUAUGUAUUUAAUACAAACUAAGUUUAUUAAUGUGAAUUUCAGAGUAUCAUUGUACAAAUAGCGAUUCUGAACGUAUAAAUUAUGGUUUGUAAAUUA